AUGCCUGCACUGCUGCCGAACGUUCUGCGGACGGAUCAGCCUCAUCGGAUAUUGGAAAACCAGAGGCAACAACAACAACCCAAAAACUACAUCUGCUGUCUCCGCAAGCGCUUCCAUCUAUACCCCUACAUCAAUCGCCCCCCCCCCACGACGGAGAAAAUCAUCAUCGCUGGUGACAACACUUCUUAUGCCGACGUCGUCGACCCCACUACCUCAAUCACUCAUUCCGCAAACACCGCGAAGACGAAUACUGCCCUCUCCAACCCCACCAUCGGCGAGAACACCUUCAGCAGCCCGUCAACCACUACCACACUCACCCUCGGUACGGACUUGAUCCAAUCCUGUCGUGAUUGCGAGCGAGCCUUCUCACUGCACAUCGGCUUGGCGCAUCCAUCGUACUGA